AUGGCGGACCACCACCAGCUGCUCCCAUCGUCGUCGUCCAGGUGCAGCAACUGCGUCACGGAGCGCGCCGUCGUCUUCUGCUUCGCCGACGGCGCCAGGCUCUGCCUCGAGUGCGACGGCGCCGUGCACGGCGCCAGCGAGCUCGCGAGCCUCCAUUCGCGCGCCCCGCUCUGCGACGGCUGCUGCGCCGCGCCCGCCGCGCUCCGCUGCCAAAUCGGCGCCCAGCGGGCCACGCUCUGCACCGACUGCGCCGACGGCCGCGCGGACGGCCGCGGCGGCGCCUCCCUCGUGGAGGUUUACACCGGCUGCCCCGCGCCCGCCGAGGUCCUCCGCACCCUCUCCGUCGACGCGCCGUCAUCGUCGCAGCAGGACUUCGACGCCUGGCUCGCCGACAACCUACCCCAAAUCCUACAGGAUGUUCAGGAUGGAUCUCAGAUCUGCGAUGCGAGUGGCACAACAACAAUAGUAGGAGAUCAAAGAGGCCCCAACAGCAGUAGCUUCGUCUGUGAUGAUUGGAACAAUGGCUGCUCAACUACCUGUGCUCCACAAUGUUCUGUGCUUGAGAAUACUAAUGGAGUACUUGUUGGUCAUCACUUAGCUGGGCCUUCACUCACUUUUGAGCAACAGCAGCAGCUGCCACCGUCAAUCUGCCACAUCUCAUCAUCUUACAACCCAUCAACAUUAUCGUGCCAGCCGGCCAUGACAUCGACUACUCUUCUGCAAUCCAUGGGCAACGAUCAUCAUCCAUCGCUGCUCCUUGAUGACUUCCCUACUUUCUACCCUGCCUUGCCCCUAAUAUCGCCGCCACCACCACCGGAGAAUGGCACUGACUGUCAUCAUGCCAACCGGCCAUCACAGAUGCUGACCGCGGAUGAGCAAGCAGCGGUGGCUCAUCAUCAGCAAGAUCCGAGCACCAUUAGUAAGAAGAGAGAGGAAAGGGACAGGGCCAAGCAAAGGUACAACGAGAAGAAGAAGAACAGGAAGUUCUGCAAGCAGAUCAUGUAUGCGUCCCGAAAAGCAAGGGCGGACACGCGAAAGCGAGUCAAGGGCAGAUUCGCCAAGGCUACCAAUGAACACCAACAUGUACUACACCCAGAUGCAGCAUAA